GCGAAGUCCGCAAUGGAAAAAGUCACAUUUGAUCUUUAAGGAUGGAAGAGGAACAGGAGACAACCAAUUUCCUCUUCAUCUCAAAUGUGUGACGUUGGUGACAGUGCUAUUAAUAUAUCUCGGGGGGAGGCCAAUUAGAGUUGUCACGAUUUGCCUUUGCACAAUUCAUGGCAUGGGAAGACGGCGUGAAAUAACUGACCACUGAGCUUGAGAUGUGCCACUCAGAUAGGAGGAGCAUUAAUGUUGUGUGGGUGUAUGCUGGGGGUGGUGGUCUUAACAAGCACAUUCUGUGGAAAUACAGACAUGAGGCAUGUUUUCAUCAGCGGGGGGUGGAUUGUGUUUGUACAUGCUGAUGUGUGUGUAAGUGUCAGGCGCUUUGACUAGUCUUGUUCGUGUAGUUCAGUAAUAGGGCACUCGUCUGCAGUUCACGCAGUUUGGCUCACACUCUGAAACUGUGAUUUCUUAUCUACUGCAUCAGGUGCCAUUGAGGCCUUUACCCCAAAGCUGGUGUUGGCUACUCAAGACAUACCCUGUUGGUAUAGCAGAACCCAUUUGUUUUCAAAUAAGCAACAAUUGUGGACCCAAAAUGGAGAACAAAACCUCAGGAAUGAGUGAGGGCCUCCACGUGAACUGCAGUAUGUCUGGAAGACACGGCUUCAUCUUCACUUUCAUUCCCGUUGUCUACGGAUGCAAUUUUGUCAUUGGGAUCAUUGGUAAUAGCAUGGUGGUGGCGGUCAUCUACCGCUACAUGAAGCUCAAAACAGUAGCAAACGUGUUUGUGCUCAAUCUAGCUAUAUCAGACCUCACCUUCCUUAUUACGCUGCCGUUGUGGGCCGCUUUCACAGCCAUGGGUUACCACUGGCCGUUCGGCACCUUUCUGUGCAAGGCAAGCGCCGGAAUGGUCAUCUUCAACCUCUACACUAGUAUAUUCUUCCUUACCGCUCUUAGCAUCGACCGAUAUCUUGCUAUCGUGCACCCGGUGCGCUCCAGACGGCAGCGCACGCUUCUCUACGCUAACCUCACGUGUGUACUCGUAUGGGUGUUCGCUUUGCUCCUCAGUGCACCUACUGCUCUAAGCAGGGACGUGUACGACAUUGGGAACUCGACGUUGUGCGCUGUGUUGCACCACAGUGAGCAGAUACACUUCCUGGUGACCCUUAGUGUGCUAAAAAGCGUUCUAGGUUUUCUUGUGCCUUUCCUUGUCAUCAUCACCUGCUAUUGCCUUAUCGGUCAGGCACUUCUGGGUUCCAGAGGUCUGUUGAGGAAAAGCGUUCGCUCUCGGGAGGACGAAACACUCCGGAUGAUAGCCGCUACUGUGUUAGCUUUCUUUGUUUGCUGGGCUCCUCACCAAGCUUUCCACUUCAUGGAGCUGCUGGCCAUGCUUGGCGUGGUGGAAAACUGCCAAACGCUGGAUGUUAUUGACACAGCCAUGCCAUUUACCAUCUGCAUCUCCUAUUUAAACAGUUGUGUGAACCCCAUUCUCUACGGCUUUGUUGGACAACAUUUUCGCAAGAAUCUACUGAGGUUGCUAGGCUGUGAGUCUGGACAAACUCGCAGUCACUUUAGCAUCAGCUCCAAGAUGAAUGUCCAUUCCCAUUGUACCUCUGGACUGCUCAACCUAACGAGCUCCAAGAUCGAUUCAACAUCCGCCGUUAAGACAUCUUAGGUGGAAAAGUCAUAGCUGAAAUUCUGUAUUUAUCUGUGUUUUGGGAUUUUAAGGUACUACAAGAUACUUGGCCAGUAUUGUUAAAUUAAGUAGUUAGUAACAAUCCUCAAAUGUCUGUGCCAUUAACAAAGAUGUGUUAUCCUGCAGAUAGCCCCUUGUGAAAAAAAAGAAGUACAAAUUAGCAUACAUUUAAAAAGAAUACUUAUUAUGGAAAUAGUAUAUUUAUUCUAAAAAAUACUGGGUUAAAAACAACCCAAGUUGGGUUGAAAG